AUGGGAACAAAGAGAGAUUCACCUGUGAAUGUUUUGUCUCAAUGGUUGAGGAAGAGAUCAAUGAAAGUGAAGAUCCUUUUAGGGACAUUGCUUGCUUUUUGUGCUUUGGUGGUUUUAAAGUUUACUAUCACAGAUUCAGAUUUUUUCUUCAAAGCUUCUGAAACAGUUCAUAUUGUUGGCCUUAUUGUUCUCAUUUACAAGCUCUUUGCUCACAAGACUUGCUCUGGUUUAUCGCUCAAGAGUCAAGAGCUCACGGCAUUAUUCCUAACAACAAGAUUAGGUUGCAGUAUCUAUAUGGAGGCUAACAUCCACACUGUGCUGGAUCUGAUAUUUCUCUUAUCAACAUUACUUGUUAUUUGGUUGAUAAGAUUCAAGUUGAAGUCAUCUUAUAUUAAGGAGUUUGACAACAUGUGGUUAUCCUUUCUGGUGGUGCCUUCUACAAUUUUGGCAAUAUUAGUACAUCCAUAUACAAAGCAUAUCUGGAUAGCUAGAGUUCUUUGGGCAUUCUCUGUGUAUUUGGAAACUAUUUCGAUUCUUCCUCAACUUCGUUUUAUGCAGAAAGCAAAGAUUGUUGAAACAUUCACCGGAUAUUAUGUAUUUGCACUCGGUGUCUCAAGAUUCUUUGCACUAGCUUAUUGGAUUAUUCAUACAUACGAUACGCGAGGGAAAUAUCUAUAUUUCAUCGGCUACGGCUAUUUCUGGAUGUUGGCAGCUUUUUUAUCAGAAAUCAUUCAGUCUUUCAUCUUGGCGGACUUUUGCUACUAUUAUACGAAGAGCUUCAUGCAAGGGCAGCUUUUGAGGAAAAUGCCGGUUUAA